AUGUUUAAAUUAUAUCGGGGACUGGCGUUAGCCCGGCUAGCGCCGCGGAUUCCGGUUCGAUAUGUUGCUCAGAACAGCGGCAUGUCUGUGCUGGAGCACCGUAUCAACGACACUGCGCGCGAGCUUGAGGAGCGUAGCAGUGCGCGCUCGUCCAAGGGCAAUCUGGCCGAAGACACCGUCAACUACGGCGACAGUGCUCACCUGCGGCCUGAUUUGGCCCGCUUGCGAGUAGUUCCCCGCGACCGUGCUUUUUAUAUGAUGAACCCGCCGCACGAGGAGGUUAUGCGUCGUCUGAACGAGCUCAUCCAAACUUAUAUCAACCUGCCUACUGUUCAAACCAAAAACACGACCUCCACAUGGCUUUCUUUCGAGGACUACCGCUCCCGAGUGGGUGCUAUGCGUUUGAGACCCACGCAGUACAAGCAGUUUAUCAAGCUGGCCAACCGACUGAACAAUAUUGAUCCGCAGGUUAUGCCCAUUGAGGUCGAGGAUCUGUUGGCCAAGCUCAAGAGUGAAAACCAGCAGUCUGGCACUUUUUCGCUGAUCAACAAACUCAAGCUGGAUCAGCAGGGUCGCGCGGUCGCGGUUGGCCAUCGCAAAACCUCCUCGGCCAGAGUUAUGGUCGCAGAGGCUCGCGAGGGAACAGUCGGUCAGAUCCUCGUUAAUGGCAAGCCUCUUACCGAGACUUUUGUCAACGAAAUCUACCGCCGUCGCAUCGUCUAUCCUCUGGAAGUCGUUGAAGGCGUUGGCAAGUACAACGUCUUUGCAACUGUGCAGGGCGGCGGUAUCACUGGCCAGGCCGACGCGGUUGCGCACGGAUUGGGCAAAGCUCUGCGUAUCCAGAACCCAUUACUCGGUCCUCGGUUGAGACACGCAGGCUGCGUCAAGCGCGAUCUCCGCGAGAAGGAGCGUAAGAAGCCUGGUCUUGCAAAGGCUCGUAAGGCAUACACCUGGGUUAAACGUUAA